AUGCGAGAAAAUGGAGAGCGGAAGAUAAUGAAGACAUCAAAAAACUUAUGCAUCGAGGCGAUAGAAUUAAAAGCCAGGCAGGCAACAGUUUCGACACAUCCAAAAGCUAAAGACUACAAAUUGGAAAUUGGUAAACGAACGUUACUUGAAAAGAUCGAAGCUGAUAGACCAGUUUUCGAAGAGAAAUGUUUGUGGUUGAAGCUCAGUAAGUAG